AUGCAUGAUUCCGUUCCUCCAAAUGCCGUCGAGUUGGCAUCGUCCGAGCAAGGCGCCGAAGAGAAGAACAGUCCUCUCUUAGAUGAAAUCGUCACACUACCAGAAAAUGCCGGGACGGAAGAAAACAAGGAUGAAGUGACAAAGGAGAAUGAAAUUUUCGAUCAUAAAUCAUCUACGCCAAAAAUUGUAGAAGAGAAAGAGAGGAACGCUGAGAUUGUGAACGAGGAAUCGCCAUUGUCGGAAUCGUCGAUUAUCAAAGAGGAACUUUCAUCUGAAAACACCAAUGUGGAAAUCAAAAAGAAUUCACGUGAAGGUGAACAAGAAGAUGUGAAUCUGGUGACAGACAAGGAAGAAAUUCAAUUGAUUCCUGAGAAUAAAAUGGUUUUGGUGGUCCCAGCUCUCGUCUUGUGUCUUUUUUUGGCUGCUUUGGAUAAUACAAUCGUUACCGUUGCUAUUCCUACCAUAACCCAACAUUUCCAUGAUACUUCCCAUUCCUUUUGGAUAAGUACCGCCUAUACUUUGUCAACAAACGCUGUCAUGCCAGCGAUCGGUGUCCUUUCAAAUAUUUUGGGCCGCAACCAUAUGUUGUACGCCUCCAUCUUUUUGUUUAUGCUCGGCAGUGCUCUUAGUGGUGGUAGUCAAAGUAUGAUUAUGCUCAUUAUUUCACGAGCCAUUCAGGGUGUUGGGGGUGGAGGCAUUAGUUCUUUAACCAAUAUUAUUAUUUCCGAAAUCACUCCUUUAAAAACCCGACCAAUGUAUACCGCUCUAACUUCUUCCGCUUGGGGUAUUGCUCUUGUCCUUGGUCCUGUUCUCGGUGGUCUCAUUUGUCAAAACACCACUUGGCGCUGGAUCUUCUUCAUUAAUCUUCCCGUCGGCGGUGUUGCUAUUACUCUAAUCGUUAUCUUUUUGAGAGUCUUACCCGUUAAACGACAGUCCUUCCUUACCUUCCUCAAAACUUUUGAUUUUCUUGGUCUUACCAGCGCUAUGACCGGUGUUGUGCUUUUUCUUUUGGGUAUCUCUUUGGGUGGUGAAUCCGGCCAUUGGGCUCGUCCCGGUGUCUUGCCUUAUAUUAUAAUCGGUGGCAUUCUUAUCAUCUUUGCUAUGGUGUACGACUUUCAUACCAAAAGAAAUCCCGUGCUACCUCCUGUCCUUUUCAAAAAUAUGAAUGGUAUCAUUAUUAUGAUCUCUUCUUUUAUUCUUUACAUGAAUGAUUACUUAUUUUCUUAUCAUAUUCCCCAGUAUUAUCAAAGGGUCCGUGGCAAUGAUCCCUUAAUGUCCGGUGUUCACUUUUUACCAGGUGCCGCCGUUUUAAUUGUUAGCUCCGCGAUCAUUGGCGCAUUGCUCAAAAGCUUUCCUUUUUUUAAGACAGUACUCUCGAUAGGAGGCAUCGUCUGUACAGCAGGUCUAGGAAGUCUAAUCUCUUUGGAUGCCUUUUCACCAUUUUCCAAACCUAUGGGAUUAAUAACUAUCUUUAUGUUUGGCUCCGGUUUUAUGUUUUUGCCUUUACUCAUCGUCAUGCAGGCAUCUUUUCCUCCUUCUUUAACCCCAAUAGCAACUGCAACCCUGAUGUUCGUCAGGUACAUUGGAGGUGCUAUUGGUAUAACCAUAGGAGAAGUAAUCUUUAGCCAGAGGGUGACUUCUGCCUUUCAUGGAGAUAGUUCGGUUGCAAAGAUGCCAUAUGAUAGAAUCCAACAUCUCUCAAAGAACCAGAGAUAUCGUGUCAUUACAACAUACGCAUCUGCGUAUAAGACUAUUUGGCUCUUUACAACCAUUGCUAUGGCCGUUGGGACACUUGCCAUCUUCUUCGUUAAGAGCGUUUCAACGGAACAAAAGUUCAAAAAAGUACCCCCGAAAAAGUCCAACGAAGAAAAAGUUUGA